ACUCAAAAGGAUUCCGUACUACACUGUUUCUGACUAAAAGCCACAAAGUUAGGAUAAACGUUCUCGUCUUCCUUGUUUUCCUUGUUACUCUUCACAAGGCUAGCCAGAAUAUCAGAUUAUAUUAGCAAUGACAGUUGAAACUGAAAUAUAAACGUUUUGCAUCUUCCGGACAUUGUUUGCAUACCAUUUUUUCAGCUCUUCACUUACUGGUUUAACCCCAUUAUGAUGCUAUUCGUGCAACUCACAGCCGGGUGUUUGCAGCUGUAGCUACAACUAAGGUUUACUGUGGAGUCUCCCAACAGUAGGUGGCGAAAAGAUGACAGACUCUUCCGCAUUCUUAGAAAAUGCGCUCUAAAAGCAAAUCAGGAACUGCAUGAUUUCGGCACUUAUUUUUUAUUGGGAUGUUAAUGUUUAACAGUGUUUGCAACCCACUGUAGUUGGUCAUAAUACAUUCUGGACGUUGUUUAUAAAGGAGUAUUCGGGUUAGGAAGUCACAUUAUUGCCGGCUUUAUUCGAUAACUGCAUGAAGGUUUCUUUAUGCUGGCUUUGAAACUGUAACUCGGUGUAAUUUUUCGUACUGUAAUAUAUUGCGUGGCUGCCAAAUAUGGAGACUCGUUUAGUUGUGAUUUCCUUUUUUACCUUCGCAUGUUUUGCUGGCACGGGGCUUGCUUGGAAAUUUGCAAAGGUCACACAUUUUUCAUGGGAAAAUUGUGGAGGUGGAAAAGACCCUGCUGUAAUAAAAAGCCUUUAUUUGAAGCCAGACCCAAUUGACAUACCUGGUGACCUGAAAGUGAGUGUAACUGGUUCCACCUCUGUCGUCCUGUCGUCACCAAUCACAGUCAAUUUAACUUUAGAGAAGAAGGUAGUUGGUGUUUGGGUACGAAUUCCAUGUGAAGGUAACAUUGGAAGCUGUGUUUACAAAGACGUGUGCAGUAUUCUUGAUGAUGUCAUCCCACCAGGACAAGACUGCCCUGAACCUUUAUUUGCUUAUGGGAUCCCUUGUCAUUGCCCCUUUAAAAUGGGUGUCUAUACUUUACCCGAAACGGAUUUCUAUGUGCCAGAUGUAGAACUCCCAUACUGGUUGACUAAUGGAGACUACAAAGCCACUGGGUAUAUGACUACCAACAGCCAGGAGCUGGCAUGUGUCAAAGUGAGCUUCUCACUGACGUCUUCGUGAACUAAGGAAGAAAUGUCAACAACUUCAGAAGAGAGAUCACAUUCCCAGCUUUAUACUUGAUUCCAAUUAAGUUUUCCAAAGUGAACAGUUACUAAAACUAUAUUAACAACUUCUUACUAAUAUUUAAGUAAAGCUAGACAAAUGCUAUGCUUACAAGAUACAGAACCUUUGUCAUGGAACACUGUUGUAAUCAGAUCUGAGUAGAUGAAUGCUUUGGUUACCAAAUUUCUGUAAAGGCUUCUUGCAUGAUGGUGCAGAGAGUUUUUUAAGGAUCUAAUUGUAAAUCUGUAAGUGCACUUUUGUCAGACCAUGUGCACUGUAAUUUAUUAUACUUUAUGGCCAAAGAUUGCCUUUGAAUAUAUCUGCUAUAAGGUGUUACAAUGCCUUAGUGUAACAGUUGCAUGCAUUAUCGAAUAAUAAUGAGCUGCAGAGAGAAACAAUAUUUCUGACUCGCCAGUACUGUUUGAAAAAAAUACAUACAUAUACAUACACACACAUAUAUAUGUGUGUGUGUAAGUAUGUGUAUUGCUAUCACCUAUAGCCAAAGUCAUGGAAAAAUGUAUCCAUAAACAACUCCUUAACCACCUUCUCCAUAACAACCUACUUGCUAACAGUCAACAUGGAUUUACUGCAUUACUCUCCUUUACUAACGCUAUCUACCAUAACUGUAAUAAAACUAAUCUAUCAUCUUCUAUCUUCAUAGAUCUUUCAAAAGCUUUUGACAUGGUUAAUCAUAAACUCCUUCUGCAUAUACUAAAAUCUCUUUCACUUCAUCCUUCUUCCUUAUCCUGGU